AAUGGCUGCUCCGAUAAUUCAGCUCUCUCUCCUCUCUGAAACCUUUGAAGUUGAAUUUGUUUACUCCUUUUGUCUGAAUUGAAUAAUCCCAGAAAUUAAUUUGAGGUGUUGACAUUUUUGUCUGUCUGCGUACGUAAUAAUCGCAUAAUUAUGUCCUUGAGACUUGAGCUUAUAUUAUAAGAGAUGAAGCAAAGUGGCAGUGCCAAUCCACAACAGAUCUCUACUAAUUAAGGCUAUCUCAGAUCAAUGGAUAAUUCUGCUGCUCUUCCUCCAUUGAUUACCCAUAAAGAUGGGUCGAUUCAAGACUCUGAUAUUAAGGAGGACGUACUCGAGUCUGCAAAAGCUGAAAUGGGUGAGGUAAGAGAAGAAAACGAAAGAUUGAAGAUGAUGUUACAGCAAGUUGAAAAAGAUUACCAAUCACUCAAAUUACGCUUCUUCGACAUCCUUCGCCAAGAAACUUGCAAGAAACCAGCAGAUUCAGCCCCAUCAAGCGACGAAACCGAAGAGCCUGAGCUCGUCUCACUUUGUCUUGGAAGAACUCCCAGCGAACCUAAACGAGAUGAGAAGACAAGCAACUCUAGCAAAAGCAGCAGAGAAAAUGAAGAGUUAAAGGCUAGCUUGACUCUUGGGUUCGAGUCCAAAUUUCAGACAUCUACUGAGCUUGUGUCGAAUCCUAGCCCUGAGAAUAGUUUAGAAGAUUUAGCCAAAGAAGAUGAAGCUGCAGGAGAGACAUGGCCACCAAGCAAGGUCCUUAAGAGAAAUGCAGAUGAUGAGGUUGCUCAACAAAACAAUGUGAAAAGAGCUAGGGUUUGUGUGAGAGCUAGAUGCGAUACUCCAACGAUGAAUGAUGGAUGCCAAUGGAGGAAAUAUGGCCAAAAGAUUGCAAAAGGAAAUCCAUGUCCUCGAGCAUAUUAUCGUUGUACAGUCGCACCAGCAUGUCCAGUAAGAAAACAGGUACAAAGAUGUGCUGAGGACAUGUCCAUCUUGAUUACAACCUACGAAGGAACUCACAACCACCCACUUCCUGUUUCAGCCACAGCCAUGGCUUCAACAACCUCAGCAGCAGCUUCCAUGUUAUUAUCAGGCUCUUCAUCCUCACAGCCAGCCUUUGGCUCCCAUGCUGCUGCAACAACAACAACUGCUACUCAACUCAAUGGCUUAAGCUUCAGUCUCUACGAUAGUUCCACACCAAAACAAUUCUACUUAGCAAAUAACUCUUCAUCACCUUUGUUCCCGACAAUUACCUUGGAUCUUACAGCUUCUCCCUCCACUUCAUCUACUGCAACUCCUUUCAAUAAUAGAUUCUCUUCAAGCAUCUCUAGAUUCCCUUCAACAAAUCUUAACUUUUGUUCCUCGGAAUCCAACAUAGUAUCAGAAGUUUGGGGAAAUGGGUACCAAACUAGGAAGCAACUCCAAGAACAAAUAUAUGAAAAGAAUCACCAGAACCAAGCAGCUUCUCAACAGGAACUGACAGAAACCUUAACCAAAGCAAUAACAUCUGAUCCAAGUUUCAGAACUGUAAUAGCUGCAGCUAUUUCCUCAAUGAUGGGAGGCGGCGGCGGAUCUGCAAAUUCAAGCCAAGGAAACCUAAGGGGUGCAGAGAGUUUUGGUCAGAAUUUGAAGCUGGGAGAAGGUAAUAAUCAGGCCAUUGCUGCAAAUUUAUUGAACCUGCAGAACGGGAAAGGAUGUGCAAGCAGCUACUUCAAUGGCUUGUCGGCUUCAACUUCCCAAAUGGGAAGCUUGCUUCAAUCUCAUGCAUUGCCGUUUUCUGUGUUUAAUAGUUCCUCCAUGUCUGCUAAUAAUAACAAUAACAAUAAGGAUCAUAAGAGUUGAAAGGAUUAGGUGUUAAAUGUAAGAAAAUGACAGAUUAAACAAAUUAGAAAAAGAAUUUAUUUAUGGUAUUUAUGUCAUUUUCUUACCUUUAACAUUGAUAUGUCAUUUUCUUAUCUUUAACGUUGUUUUUAC